AUGGCGGGCGAGCGGGUUAUCCAAUGGACGGCGGUCCCGUCCUUCCCGAACGCGAUCGCGUGCGAGAAGAAGAGCGUCGCGGACAUCACCCCGGACGCCUUCGAGCGCGACUACGUCCACAGGGCCAUCCCGUGCGUCCUCACGGACGUCACCGCCGAGUGGCCGUGUCGCGCCCGAUGGUCGCUCGACUUCUUCGCGCGAGAGCACGGCGACUUGGAGGUUUCCGUGGACGACGGACGCAAAGAGAAGAUGCGAACGACGAUGCGGGAGUACAUCGAGCGGUUCGAGGAGUUCGCGCGCGACGCGGAGGCAUCCGCGGCGCGGGAUCCCGCGGGAAGACCCGGCGUCCCGGUGCCGUACCUGCGAACGUGGAACUUCGAGGACGACGCUCCCGAGCUGAGCGAAGGAUUCCCGCACGAUUCGCCUUACUUUCGCGACUUUUUCCAGACGCUCAAGCCGACGUGGAGGCCGCCGUUCACCUGGCUGUUCCUCGGUCCGCGGGGCUCCGCCACGCGGCUGCACGUGGACGUCUGGCACACCGACGCCUGGCUCACCAUGAUCCGCGGAUCCAAAAAGUUUGUCAUGUUCCACCCGGCUCACCUGCCGCUGAUACACGACGAGGCCACCGGGACGUACGUCGACCUCCACGCCCCGGACUUGGCCAAGUUCCCGCGCUUCCGCGACGCCACCCCCAUCGAGUUCACGCUGGAGGAAGGGGAGACGGUUUACAUCCCUCGAAAGUGGCCGCACUACGCCGUGGCGCUGGACCACGGAGUCAGUCUGACGGUCAACUUCGCGUCCGCCGCUAACCGCCGGGGCGUGGUGGACCGGUGCGUGGCGUACGCCAACAGGCGGGACGCGUGCGAGCACGUGCUGGGGCGAACGCUGCGGGCGAGCGAUAACGCGAUGAAGUUUUGCGUGCACGGCGGGGAGGUGAACAAGAACCUGGCGGCUUCAAUCUUGGGCGUGGACGCGGACGAGCUGGACCGGCGGAUGAGGGCGCGGCGUUUGGAGCGGUUGAGGGCGGAGGCCGAGGAGGCGGAGAGGGCCGAGGAGGAGGAGGAGGAGGCGGCGGUGGAAGAGGCGGGCGAGUCGGUGGCGGCGCGGGCUGUUCCCGCGUGAUGA